AGGCGGGUUAAAAGUAAUUUAUUGUGCACUCCAAGUCCGCGGCGGUUAAGUGUGAAAAAUUGUUUCGUGUUGAAGGGAUUUUAGCGUGAGUUACUGGCGACAUUUGGCUGAGAUGCUUUUAAAUAGCGAGGGGAGCCGAUUCUAAUCGGCCAUUAGAGAGCGAGAUUAGUUAUUUUGUGUUGUGCAGUUCGUGAUGGAUUGAGCUAUUUGAGUUGAAUUGGCUGAUAAUUGGGGGAGAUUUUGAUUUGUCGGGGUUAAAGUUUCGCGGUUGAAAUUGCACGGAAGGGUAAAGUCUCUGAUUUUUUGACGGGGUUUUUCCUAAAUUUGAUUCUCUUUUUUGUGGGGCCCGGAGAACUUUUGGGGGAGUUUUCUGGCCCGGAAAGAUCACGGGGAGGCGUAUCUUAGCUCUCUGGCGGCCAAAGACGUCGACGAACCGACUCGGCGAACGGAUUGAAAUAGUGAAAAUUUUGACAGGCGAGAUGGCUUUUGGAUUGGUGUACCGAGGCCAUGAAGCGCAGACUAGCAGCGAUGAGUACUCGCCGAAGCCACCGAAGAGUUGGACUAUUACUAGGCCAGUGGAUUAUUUGCUUAAAGAGCAGCGGCUUGUGUUUAUUUUCAUUGGAAUUGCCUUAGCAUCUGCGUUUUUCAUUCUUCAGCCUGGAUUUUUUGCAUCAAAUGUUGCCGAGGAGACCAAAUUUGUGGCUAAGGAGCCGGGCCACCGUAUCGUGUAUGAAAAUCCUGUAACCGGGAUUUCUCACUAUGAUCGUAGUCGAUUUUCGAUGGUGAAUUCAGGGGCAAAAGUGCCCCUCGGAUUGAAGAGGAAGACUCUGCGCGUUGUUGUCACUGGCGGCGCCGGAUUUGUAGGCAGUCACCUGGUAGACAGGCUUAUGCAGAGAGGCGACAGUGUUAUUGUUGUUGACAAUUUCUUUACUGGAAGGAAGGAAAAUGUGAUGCAUCAUUUUGGCAAUCCGAGAUUUGAGAUGAUAAGACAUGAUGUUGUGGAACCGCUCUUGUUGGAGGUCGAUCAGAUCUACCAUUUGGCUUGCCCUGCUUCACCUGUUCAUUACAAGUUUAAUCCAGUCAAGACUAUCAUAUCCAAUGUGGUGGGAACCUUGAACAUGCUGGGAUUGGCAAAGCGAGUUGGGGCAAGGUUUUUGCUCACUAGUACCAGUGAAGUUUAUGGAGAUCCUCUUCAACAUCCUCAAGUUGAAACAUAUUGGGGCAAUGUCAAUCCUAUUGGAGUUCGAAGUUGCUAUGAUGAGGGCAAGCGUACAGCAGAAACCUUGGCAAUGGAUUACCACAGGGGAGCGAAUGUUGAGGUUCGGAUUGCUCGAAUCUUCAAUACAUAUGGUCCACGGAUGUGUAUUGAUGAUGGCAGGGUUGUAAGCAAUUUUGUUGCACAGGCUUUGCGCAGGGAACCUUUGACUGUUUAUGGUGAUGGGAAACAGACCAGGAGUUUCCAAUAUGUCUCUGAUCUGGUUGAAGGUCUUAUGAGACUAAUGGAGGGUGAGCAUGUUGGUCCAUUCAAUCUUGGGAACCCUGGGGAAUUUACGAUGUUGGAACUUGCACAGGUUGUCAAGGACACGAUAGAUCCCAAUGCAAGGAUUGAGUUCAGAGAAAACACACAAGAUGACCCACAUAAGAGGAAACCUGACAUCACUAAAGCUAAAGAUCUCCUCGGCUGGGAACCUAAGGUGUCACUAAGAAAGGGCCUUCCCCUGAUGGUAGAGGAUUUCCGUCGUCGCAUCUUUGGAGACCAGAAGGAUGAGAGUAUAAAGACGGCAAAUAAACACAUGUCAUCAAAUGGACAGUCAUCGUGAAUGAUACCUGAAUGCUUCGAAAUGAAUCUCUGUUUGCAUGGCAGGUCCAGCAGGGUAAAUCUUCAAGCUUUACCAAGAGGGCCUGGUUAGAAUUUUAUCUGUAGGUUUGGGUCAUUUUAUUCAUUUAUGGAAUUUUCUGGCUCUCCGAGGCGUAGAGAAUUUUUUUCUUUUUCUUGCAAUUAUCUAUUGAUCUGCCUUUCAAUUUAUCUAUUGAUCUGCCUUUCAAUUUAUGUAAUAGCAUCUAGCCCUCAGGGUUUAUCUGUUGUUAUUUUUAACCAUGACAAAUUGUUGUCCAAGUGCCUUCUGCUGAAGGGUGUUAAAGAAGACAAUUUGCAUGUUUAUGGUGAAAAUAUAGAAACUCUGGAGAUUGUGAGCACACAUGGGAAGAUAAAAUUGUGACAUGAACAUGGUGUGCUCAAAUGUCCCGAGUUAUUUAAUUUUGGAAAAUAUUGGGAAAUGAUAAAGUUGUAUUUGAAACCUGGUUUAUAUCAGUUGUUAUUUUCAACCAUAGCAAA